AUGAACAUCCCAUUUGUUACCAGACCGUUAAGUACUUUGCGAUAUUUAGCAGCUGAAUAUCCUGUGUAUGUGUGGAGUAUAGGGCUUGGUGCUCUUGUUCCUAAACGGCCAAGAAAUCAUCCCGCUGGAUAUGAAGAUCCAUGA